AUGAAAAGUGGGGGUGGGCCCUCCCACCGCUAUUGUGCUGGGGAAGAUGUAGCAGCCUCUUCUCCGAGCCACCCCUUUGUCUCCAGACUUCUCUGGGGCCCCAGCCACCCGACCGGGGGCCCGGGGCAGCGGGCUCAGCCGACUACCGUGGGCUCUGUGUCAAACCAGCACUUUGCAGGUGGCUGCGCCAAGGCGCCGGAGGAGGCGCCGGGGGACGCCGCUCGGGCGGCAGAGGAGCCGCAGCUGCUGCACGGUGCCGGCGUCUGUAAGUGGUUCAACGUGCGCGUGGGGUUCGGCUUCCUGUCCAUGACCGCCCGCGCCGGGGUCGCGCUUGACACCCCCCCCUCCCCGCACCAGAGCAAGCCGCACACGGAGGGCUUCCGGAGCCUGAAGGAGGGUGAGGCAGUGGAGUUCACCUUUAAGAAGUCGGCUAAGGGCCUAGAAUCUAUCAGGGUCACCGGCCCUGGUGGGGGGUUUUGUAUUGGGAGUGAGAGGCGGCCCAAAGGGAAGAAUGAACAGAAGCGCAGAUCAAAAGGAGACAGGUGCUGCAACUGUGGAGGUCUAGACCACCAUGCCAAGGAGCGCAAGCUGCCACCCCAGCCCAAGAAGUGCCACUUCUGCCAGAGCAUCAGCCAUAUGGUGGCCUCGUGUCCCCGGAAGGCCCAGCAGGCCCCCAGCUCACAGGGAAAGCCAGCCUACUUUCGGGAGGAGGAAGAAGAGAUCCAUAGCCCUGCCCUGCUCCCAGAGGCCCAGAAUUGA